AUGAUAUUGCAGGAUGAAGGUUGGCCACUUGGGCUUCAACCAUUAAAUGUGAGAAAUCAUGGAUUUAAUGGAUCAAUUUCAUUCAAUACUUUGAUGACUGUUUCUCCCUCUUCUUCCUCUCAUUCUUCUUCUGAUCUUGAUACUGAGUCUACUACUACAACAUUCUUUCAUGACAAAAGCAUAACUUUAGGAAGCCUCAUUGGAAUUACAAGUAUUCUAGAGUUUUCAAGAAGAUCAACAAGAAGAAGAACAAUUGUGGAAACCAAAAUAAGGGACAAGAACAACAAGAAGAAUAUUAAUAUUAAUAUUAAUAUUAACAAAUCAAAAACUUGGUUAUUUUCACUUUGCUCAAAAUUAACUACUGAUGCAGUUAACAUUAACAACAUUAAUCCUUCUCCAUCUUUAGGCCAUUUUCUUGAAGAAGAGAGAAAAGCAGCUGCUAAUAAUAAUAAUAAUUAUGGAGUUGAUGAUUUUAAUCAAUUAUUAGAUCAUGAUCAUUCAAAUGUGAACAAUAAUUCAUUGUUCAUUAGUGGCCAAAUUGCUCCUCCUCAUGAUAAUGAUGAUGAGUCAAAAAAAGGGCUAUUUGAGCAAAAUGAUCAAAAUGGUAAUCAUGGAAGUCCUUUAAUUUUCUCAUGUUUAUGUGGACAUUUAGUUCAUUGAUUGAUUUUUAAUUGUUGUGUAAUUUUAUUAUU